AUGCGGGCAUUUCAACAGCAGGGUCAGUCACAUGCAGGAAAACAUAUCUGUCCAUUUUACCUAAAGAAUCGAUGCAUAUAUGGCGAUCGAUGCAUUAAUUCACAUUGUUUACCAGAAAACAAGUCGUUCCAAACUUCAAAAUCUAUUCCUUGUAAAUUUUAUCUACAAGGUUAUUGUCACAAUGGAAUCAAAUGUGCAUUUUCACACAAUAUAAAUGCCAAUUCAUCUCAUACCUAUCGCAGAGAUUUGAAGGAAGCCAUUGACUCAAAAUAUCCAAACAGUCAGUCAAAUAAUCUCACCAGAUGCCUAACUAACAUUGAUACUAAUAUUGUCAGUAAAACCAAUAAUAAACCAGUAUCACCUGGUUUAACAGGUUUUUCAUUCCGUCAGACUGAAAGCUCCUACGACCAGCUGAGUGAAAAAGAGCUAUCUAUAUAUCGUUCAGCUGGAAAUUUUGUUCCUGGUACAAUUCCUUUGUCUUCACCGUCAGAAAAUUUAUGUACAUUUUCUUAA